UGCCAAACCAGUAAAUAUCAGGCGAGCUAACAGACACGGGCUGUUUAGCUGCUCUCUGUUUCAGUCAGAAUAGAAAAUGUUUUACUAUCUAACUUAGCCAGCUAACAGUCCGGCGUCUGUUGGUUCUGUGCUGUGUUUCGCCAAGCGAUGAACCGGCAGAAUCAGUCGUGACUGUAAAGGAGGCUCGUCCAUUUAAAUCUGUGGUGACUUAGCUAGCUUCACAGAUUAGCUUAGUGCUAGCAAGCUGUGUCUAGAGGAGCUUUCGUUGCUAGUGACUAUGCAAGGAGAAACUACGGCUAUACGAAUCACGGAAAACGAAGGCAAGCUGGAUGUAUUUCCCCAGAACAGGACCCCAAGCUCGGGGAGAGCAAGUGCCAAAAGCUGGCAGUAUAGUGACCACAUGGAAAAUAUCGAUGGCUACUUGAUGAAAUACACCAACCUGGUGACAGGGUGGCAGUACAGAUUCUUUGUGUUAAACAAUGAGGCGGGCUUGCUGGAGUAUUUUGUCAAUGAGCAGUCACGGCCACAGAAGCCCCGCGGCAUGCUACCCCUGGCUGGAGCUGUCAUCUCCCCCAGUGAUGAAGACUCACAUACAUUCACUGUCAAUGCCAUCAGCGGGGAGCAGUACAAGCUCAGGGCUACUGAUGCCAAAGAGAGGCAGCACUGGGUCAGCAGACUGCAGAUCUGCACACAACAUCACACAGAGGCCAUGGGGAAGAGCAAUCCACCACCUAAAUCCCGGAGCUACUCGAUGGCAUCUCAAGGCAGCGGCAGCUCACCUAUGAGCCUGCGCCGACCAAGCCAAAACCCUGCCUCCUUGUUUGGCUGGUCGCAGGUCCACAAGGGCUCAUCACUCUACUCCAGCAAGAGGUCUCUACUGCCAGACCACCUGAUGGACGCCAGAGAGAUGAUGACCCAGGCCCAGGGCCAGCACAGAGACCUGAUACAGAGCAUCGAGGGCCUUCCUGCGGCCCCAGGCCUCUCCCCUCUAGACCAGGAUCUUUUGAUGCUCAAGGCCACUUCCAUGGCAACCAUGAACUGCCUCAACGAGUGCCUGCACAUCCUACACCUACAGCAGAUGGCCAGGCAGAGAGGCUCCCUGGGAGGACCCACCAUCGAGUGGCUGGAGCCCAAACUGCCCGACAUCCUGAAGAAUGGCAGCAGUUCCCUGGGCAGCUUCACCACAGGGGAGGGCCCGCUGGAGGGGAGCCGCUUGGAGCUCAGCAGCCCCGAGUCCUGCAGCUUCUCUGGGGAACAGGAAGACAUAGAUGCAGACGAUGAGGCGGAGGACUGCUUCACGGACAAAGAGGAGGACUUGGGUGCUGUGGAGGAGGAGCGCAGCGUCAUCCUACACCUGCUGUCACAGCUGAAGCUGGGCAUGGACCUCACACGGGUGGUGCUUCCCACCUUCAUCCUUGAGAAGCGCUCUCUGCUGGAGAUGUACGCCGACUUCAUGUCCCAUCCGGACCUCUUUGUGGCCAUCACUGAUGGCAGCAGCCCGGAGGACCGCAUGGUCCGGUUCGUGGAGUACUACCUCACCUCCUUCCACGAGGGCCGCAAGGGCGCCAUUGCCAAGAAGCCCUACAACCCCAUCAUCGGCGAGACCUUCCACUGCUCCUGGAAGGUUCCCAAGAGACCAGACGCCUCCAAGGAGCCUUCACAGGGAAGCCCUGAGCCUGCCGCCACCACCCAGGACCCCUACCAAGUGCGCUUUGUGGCGGAGCAGGUGUCCCAUCAUCCCCCUGUGUCGGGUUUCUACGCUGAAUGCCAGGAAAGGCGGAUGUGUGUGAACACACAUGUGUGGACGAAGAGCAAGUUCAUGGGGAUGUCCAUUGGAGUGUCUAUGAUCGGGGAAGGUUGUCUGUAUUUGCUGGAGCAUGAUGAAGAGUACACCUUCACGCUGCCCUGUGCCUAUGCACGCUCCAUCCUCACUGUUCCCUGGGUGGAACUGGGCGGCAAAGUCACCAUCAGCUGCACCAAGUCGGGCUACUCAGCAGUCAUCACUUUCCAGACUAAACCCUUUUAUGGUGGCAAAUUACACAAGGUAACAGCAGAGGUGAAGCAUAACCCCACCAAUGCGGUAGUAUGCCGCGUGCAAGGCGAGUGGAACGGUGUUUUGGAGUUCAGCUACACCAGCGGAGAGACAAGAGUGGUCGACGUCACCAAGCUGCCUGUGACAAGGAAGCUCGUUCGUCUGACUGAGAAGCAAGGACCAACCGAAUCCAGGCGCCUGUGGCAGCAUGUGACAGAGUCCUUGCGGCAGAAAGAUAUUGAAAAAGCCACAGAGCACAAGAGGAUCCUGGAGGAGAGGCAGCGGACAGAGGAGAGGCACCGUGCUGAGACCGAAACCGCCUGGAGGACCAGAUACUUCGACAGAGAGGGUGAAGGCUGGGUUUAUCACAAGCCACUUUGGAAAAACUCUGCUUUCAAAUCCUAGUUUCUUCAGUCUGUAUUUUGGAUGUCGAUAUUGUAGAUUCAAGAAUGUGUGUGAAUGUGUGUGUGUCUGUGCACGCGGACGCAUGUGGUCGACCGAUUAUGAAAUGAAAGCAUGACCUGCACUGACGUACAGAUGAAUGCGACAUUGGGGGAGCAGGACAGAGCGAUGACAUGACGGAAGGUGUUCUAACUCAUGAUGUUCACAAAGCCUCCUAGUACAAGUUCUUGUACUACUGAUUAGUUUUUUUGUUUUUAUAAUCCAAUGUCAUGGAAAACGUAUUCUUGUACAGACAAUGGUUCUCUAUUUACACAGCCUUAAGAUAGUCUGAUGAAUGAAGCUCUGAGUUUGGGAUUGGUUGAUCAACCUGGUUAUGGUUCUAUACUUCUUCUUUUUUUAAGCUAACACAAUGGUGAAGUGACUUUUGAGGAAUUUCUUCUUAAUCUAACAAAGAAAACCCCAGAUAUUUGGUGUGCUGCCUGAUGAAUUUCAUCCUUUGUUUUAAAUUGGAUUCUGUAUAUUACAGUGUAAACGAUUGAUCCCACUAAAACACAAACAGUUCCCACUGUUAUUAUUGAGUAUAUUUACAUGCACACUGUUUUUUGAUUUGGGCAAUACUUUGACUAUAACAUUUAUAUAACAUUUAAAAGGAAAACAGCAGCAGCGACAGAUUAAACAUGUUAUUAAUUGCCUUUAUUUGGGUGACUUGUGACAGAUUUAGGGAGGAGGAGCUUGGAGUUCUUAUAAUGCAUCUGAUUAAAUUGAACAUUUUAAAACUGUCUGAAAUCACUUCAUUUUUACCAUAUACCCCAUUGCAUUUACAGUGGCACUGUUGUGGCAUAUUGUAAAUGUAUCCACUAUAUAGUUCACUCAAUAAUUUCAGGCUCUCUCGGUUCAUUUUCGAAAAAAACUCUCCAAUCCAGAGGUUGUAUAACCCUGAUGAUCACUGUAGCCUGUUCCUCGCUUUAUAUCGUGUCAGCUUUGUUGUAAAAUUGUGUAUGUUACCUCCACCCACUGGACUGGAGUCAAGCUGUUUGUUGUAUCUGGUGGCUGAACUCUGCAAGAACUCCAGACAGGCACGAGAUAAACCAAGAGACCUCCGCAUUAACUGCAAGUACAGCAAAAUAAUAACAAAUAGCAGUUAGUCGAUGUAACUAAAACAGCAACUCAAAGAUGACAUCAAGAGGGCAGGAAAAAUUACACUUUUUAUCUUUUUUUUUUUUUUUUUAAAUUAACCAAUCAGCGUUGAGCCCUGCAAACUAUUUUUCUUCCCCAAAAAUUUCCUGGAAAGAACUUCUGCAGGGGCAGUUCUUGCAUUUGGAACAUACACAAAGAUUUGGUCAGCCCUAAAAAAUGGUGGAAAGAGGCUUAUAAUCACGCAAAAUAAUGGUUAAAUACUGACUUUUUCAUGUGUCAGCAGACUGAUUUGCCUAAAAUUCAGUUUCUGGAAGCUUUGGGUGGGAAACACAGCUUAUGACAUAAACGAGAGCCUCAAAGCAGUUUACUCAAAGUCCCUUUACUAGGCAUUUAUAGCUGUAUAAUCACAUAUUGCAUGAUUUAUAACACACUUGGUUUGUCUGUAAGCAAGUAUGAUUUGGACUGAACAAAGAAGAUAUAAUUUGCAUACAAGCACCGUAUGUUUUUACUUUUAACACCUAAUAUUAUCCUGAUGUGUGUUAAAACCAUUUAUCAAAUGCUAAACAUGUAUACUGAAUCUGACACUACAUCAAAUAGUCAAAGUAUUUCCUCACUUUUGUUGAUUUUAAAAUCAUGUGCGUUUAUAUACACAGUACUUUCCGAUCUAAAGUAAUUCAGCUCUAAAUUCUCGUUUAAUUAUUGUUGAAUGCUCUGAAUAUUGAUCUAUUUAUCGACGAGGUCACACUGCUGCAAUGGCAUGUCGUAGACUAGCUGACAAGUAACCAAAUUUUAUUGAAUAAUGAAAUGACUGCGUCUUGCAAAUGCAUCUAAAAUUUGCUACCCCACUGUUUGUGUCAUUGCUGCUCUUUGUUGUGUUUUUUUCCUGUGGUUUUGCAGUGUGUCUGGGGGGAAAAAAAGUCCUACAUACAUGAUAGCAAAUUCUCUCCAUUCACAUUGAUUGCAGCAAAUAUACAUCUCCUGUGUCUGCAUUACUUAAAUGUCUGUUGUAAAAGCUUUUAACCAAAUUUACUUGUUUUGUAAUGCAAAUAAACAUUUUCUUUGAAUGCAUGUCUUCCCCCUAUCUUUAAUUGCUCUUAUUUUUAGAGCUACUUUUUGUACAGAAUUAAAAUUUCUUGUUUCUAUUUGUUUCCUUUUGAAGCCUACUAUGCUGUGUACACCUCAUUUGUAUUCAUUCCCCUCUAAAACCACACUCAUCACAUCAGAAGCUAAUUGUCCACAGAAAGAGGACAUCCACCCUGCCAUUGAUAAGCUACUCCUUCCCAGUCUCGGUGCCUUAUGCAACUCUUUCUGUGCGUGUUUUCCAGCGGAGCAGCACAGCGUUUCCAUCCACUUAUUUACCUGACCGAUGCAAUGGCAUAUGCAUUGUUUAUGUGUGUGUGUGUUUGAUUUGUUUUUGUUUUAAGAAUCAGUGCUUGAUGCUGAGAAGUGGACUGAGCACUUGCAGGCCUAUGAAAUGCACUGACGUUGAAGGAAACCUGAUGUUGUAGAAAAAUGGACAUGUGAUAAUAUUAAAAUAAAUUGCAUAUCAGUUGUA